AGCAUAUUUGUCUUGUGUUACAGGUAUUUAUUCAAAACUUAAAUAUAAGAUGUCAUUGCCGGGUGUGGAAUCCCUUCCUGAGACCAUUGACUUCCCGAAAGAGGAAGAAAAGGUAAUGAAAUUAUGGAAGGAGAUAGAUGCAUUUCGAUCAUGUCUCAAGCAGUCCAAAGGCAAGCCAAGAUACACAUUCUAUGAUGGACCCCCAUUUGCAACGGGUCUGCCACAUUAUGGACAUAUCUUGGCUGGUACAAUCAAGGACAUUGUGACACGCUAUGCCCAUCAGAGUGGCUAUCAUGUUGAGAGACGUUUUGGCUGGGAUACGCAUGGCCUUCCUGUGGAAUAUGAGAUAGACAAAACCCUGGGAAUCAAGGGGAGUGAAGAUGUUGAGAAGAUGGGAAUAGCUGCGUAUAAUGCAGAGUGCCGCAAGAUUGUCAUGCGCUAUGCCAAGGAAUGGCAGGAUGUCAUCUCCCGUCUUGGCCGCUGGAUUGAUUUUGAGAAUGACUACAAGACCCUUUAUCCAUCAUUCAUGGAGUCAGUGUGGUGGGUGUUCAAGCAGUUGUUUUCCAAAGGACUUGUUUAUCGGGGAUUCAAGGUCAUGCCUUUUUCCACUGCAUGUCACACACCAUUAUCGAAUUUUGAGUCUGGUCAGAAUUACAAAGAGGUUGUGGAUCCUGCUGGU